AGGCCGCGUCAGGAGCGCGGCGGGGCUCGGCGUGCGGCGCGCCCGGCAUGUCCCUGUACCGCAGCGUCGUGUGGUUCGCCAAGGGGCUGCGCGAGUACACCAAGAGUGACUAUGAAUCUGCAUCUAAAGACUUUGUCCCUCAUGACUUGGAGGUCCAGGUUCCUGGAAGAGUCUUUUUGGUCACUGGAGGAAACAGCGGCAUUGGCAAAGCAACUGCCCUUCAAAUCGCCAAGCGAGGUGGCACAGUUCACCUGGUUUGUCGAGAUCAAGCCCGAGCAGAAGAUGCCAGGGGUGAGAUCAUCCAGGAGAGCGGUGACCAGAACAUUUUUCUGCACAUUAUGGACUUGUCUGAUCCCAAGCAAAUCUGGAAAUUUGUUGAAAAUUUCAAGCAGGAACAUAAACUCCAUGUUCUGAUCAAUAAUGCAGGUUGCAUGGUCAAUAAAAGAGAGCUCACAGAAGAUGGACUUGAAAAAAACUUUGCUACCAAUACUCUGGGUGUGUACAUUCUCACGACCGGCCUGAUCCCUGUGCUGGAGAAAGAACACGACCCCCGAGUGAUAACCGUCUCCUCAGGAGGAAUGUUGGUUCAGAAACUGAACACCACUGAUCUCCAGUCCGAAAGAACACCAUUUGAUGGAACUAUGGUCUAUGCACAAAACAAGAGGCAGCAAGUGGUUCUGACGGAGUGGUGGGCCUAAGGGCACCCGGCCAUCCAUUUUUCUUCCAUGCAUCCUGGCUGGGCCGACACCCCAGGUGUGAGGCAGGCGAUGCCGGGGUUCCACACCAGGUUCAGGGACCGCCUGCGCUCCGAGGCCCAGGGCGCGGACACCGUGCUGUGGCUGGCCCUCUCCUCUGCUGCAGCCGCACAGCCCAGCGGCCGUUUCUUUCAAGAUCGGAAGCCCGUUUCUACACACUUGCCUCUCGCUAGAACGUCCUCCUCACCGGCCGAAGAGGAGAAACUCAUUGAAAUCCUGGAACAGCUGGCUCAGACAUUUAAAUAGGCCAACCGAGACACAGUGUGGUACCAGAAUUGCCUUAGAAAAUACCAGAAGGUGCGGUCUAGGGACCAGUGAACAAGACCCCACUUCAACUUCCCCUCGAAGACGUUGUGCCUUACAGUGAGGCCUACAAGGGAUGGGAACUUUUAUUUCAAAAUAAAUAACUACCGGGGCUGUGAUCAGGCUCACCUUGAA